AUGUUGGAUCACGUUAAGCAUGUAAUUCUCGUGCUCUCUGGCAAAGGCGGUGUUGGUAAGUCUACAGUAUCUACUCAACUAGCGCUGACAUUAAAAGAAAAUGGAUUUAAGGUUGGCUUACUGGAUGUCGAUUUGUGUGGUCCAAGUGUUCCUUAUUUACUAAAUCUUGAAGGUAAAGAUGUUCAUCAAUCAUCAGAAGGCUGGGUUCCAAUUUAUACUGAUUCUUCAAAGUCACUUGCUGUCAUGUCCAUUGGAUUUCUACUCAAAAACAGAAACGAUGCAGUGAUUUGGCGUGGACCAAAGAAGACUGCAAUGAUUAGACAAUUUAUGACAGAUGUACAUUGGGAGGAUUUAGAUUAUUUAAUCAUUGACACGCCACCGGGAACAUCCGAUGAGCAUAUUACAGUAAUGGAAUGCAUGCGUGAAGUGAAAUGUGAUGGAGCAAUAAUUGUUACAACGCCACAAGAAGUAGCACUUGAAGAUGUCAGAAAGGAAGUGACAUUCUGUCGUAAAACAAACAUUCCAAUAAUUGGCAUAGUCGAGAACAUGAGUGGAUUUGUCUGUCCAAAUUGUCGUGAAUGCACAAACAUUUUCUCAUCAGGAGGUGGACAAUCAUUAGCGGAACUCAUUAAAGCACCUCUAUUAGGGACAUUACCAAUAGAUCCACGAGUCGGCGUUCUCGCUGGAACUGGAAAAGCUGUAAUAAGUGAAAUUCCUGACUGCACAACCUCAACUGUAUUUAAAGAAAUUGUCGAAAAAAUCACAAAAUAA